AUGGAGCACGAGCUCCUUUCCCUCCUUGCCGACACGCAGUCGCCCGCUGCUGAUACGAGAAAGGCCUCUGAGCUCCAGUUACUUCACCUCUACUCAAACGAAAAUUUCCCCCUCUCCCUCGCAGCGAUUGCCUCCCAUGACUCUGUCCCUACCAACCUCCGCCAAUCGGCUCUUUCAGUUUUACGCACUUUCAUUACUGCGGCAUGGUCCCCGAACCUCGAUGAAUUCAAAGGGCAGAUCCUGAUCAACGAUGUCAACAAAGCCCAGAUUCGACAAGUACUUCUAGAUUUGGCGACCACCACCGAAGUGGCCGAACGAAAAGUCAAGUCUGGAGCUAGCUUCGCCGUCAGCAAAAUUGCCAGCGCUGAUUAUCCAGAACAAUGGCCCGAGUUGCUUCCUGCACUUCUGCGAAUCAUCAACGACACCAAUAGUACACCUGGUGCGCUGCACGGCGCAUUGAAAGUACUCCUGGAUUUAGUGGAUACCGGUUUCAAUGAAGAACAAUUUUUCAAUGUUGCUCGAGACCUCGUCAGCACACUGUUUAAUGUGGCCACCAACGAGUCGAGGAAGCCAAUGCUCAGGGCAUUGGGCGUCGCGGUUUUCCGCUCGUGCCUUGAUACUCUCGAAAUGGUUCUGGAACAGCACAAGGUAGCUGUUAAACAGUUUAUGGAUGAAGUCCUUACUGGAUGGUCUCCGUUCUUCAUCGAAACUCUCAAGGCCCCGUUGCCACAGGCUCCGACGGAGCAGGAAGAAUCCAAGGAUACCGAGGUUCCCUCGCAAUGGAGGGGUGUCAUUGGAUUGAAGCUACAAGUUGUGAAAACCCUAAUGAAGAUCCGGAUGGUUUUUCCCGGCCUAUUAGUUACCCAAAGCCCUGUCUAUUUUUCGACUAUUUGGACAGAGCUGUCAAACGCCCAGGGGCAUUUCUACCAAUUCUACAUCGAAGAUGAACGCCAGGGCCGACUUGUAGACGUGGAUGGACUUCCUUAUACCCUGGAUUUGCUGGUUCUGGAGGAGCUGGAUUUCAUCCAGAGCCUCUUGAAGGCACCGCCAGUCAAAGCAGAGCUCCAGCAACAGUUACAGAACGCAGGUCAAGCUGGAGCAACUGCUGGUUGGUUGCCGGAAAUUCUGAAGUUGGCUUGCUCUUAUGCUCAGAUCACAUCCGAGGAAGAGGGCUUGUGGGACAUUGAUGUCAACCUAUUCCUUUCCGAAGAAACUUCUGUCACAGCAAACUACACUCCUCGCACUUGCAGUGGAGACUUGGUAAUCAAGUUGGGAGACUGGCUCAAAGACGCGACGACCCAGGGCCUUCUCGCCUUCCUGAAUGGUGUUUUCUCUGAUGCUUCAUCUUCCUGGAAGAGUCGCGAAUCCUCACUUUUUAUUCUCAAUGCUCUGCUCAGAGAUUUACACGAGGUCUCGCAAGAAAUCACGCCGGAGCUUGCCAGCGGUUUCGGUGGGUUUGUUCAGUAUGCCAUUCAACAGGAACAGGAGCUCCUAAGAGCCCGAGGCUACCUUGUAGCGGGAAUCCUAGCAAAGGUAUCCAAUGUCGGUGAUGCGUACCUCGAGGCGACUCUAGCAGCCAUCUCUAAAGAUCCCGCAGAAGUCGUGAAGGUAGCUUGUCUCCGCGCGCUGCAGGAUCUGCUACCUUCGCUUUCUACCAGUACCACAAUCCCUCUUCAGGAGCCAAUAAUAUCUGCGGUAUCCGAUUUUGUCUCUGCUCACGACCUUCGCGAGUCGUCCGACACUGACGACCUUAAGGUCACUUUGGCCGAAACUCUCCGUGAUACGAUUAUGGUUCAGCCAAGCAUAGUUCUCUCGUCUACGGCCCUCGAUGUACUAUUCAAUAUCGCGAGCAACGGCGCUACAAACUUCCAGUUAACCAUGAUCAUAACGGAGGCAUUCGAGGACAUAGUCGAAAAGAUCGCAGACCAAGGCGCCGAUUCCUUUGUCCGCCUCUGUGAAAAGGUCCUUCCUUCGAUUAUGGGCGCUGUCGAUGUCGGGAACCUGACCCAGGAAAUUUCACUGACAAUCUUUGCUGCGGAUCUCCUACGUGCUCUGACGGAGGGGGCCCUCGAACCCCUGCCAGCGGGCUUUGUUGAAACCGUCAUGCCGAAAGUAAACAGUCUACUGCUCGACUCGACUGACGCUGAGCUUAUUCGACCCGCUACGGAAUCUGUGAGGCAUAUCCUUGCACACGAUUUCAACCAAUUCAUCGCCUGGCGUGACCCGCAAAGUGGCAAAGAGGCAAUCGAAGUUGUCUUGGUGAUCAUCGACCGUCUUUUGAGCCCCUCGGUCGACGAUCACGCUGCGACAGAAGUUGGCCAGCUUGCCGCUGAGCUAGUCGAGAGAGCUGGAUCGGAGCGCCUUGGUCCGUAUCUUCCUCAGCUUCUUCAGGCCGUAGCACGCCGCCUUGUCACUGCCGAAAAGGCUCAGUUUAUCCAGAGUUUGAUUCUCGUUUUCGCCCGAUUGACGCUUAUAAGCGCACGGGAGGUCGUUGACUUCCUGGCGCAGGUGGACAUUGGCGGGCAGAGCGGAUUGCCCAUCGUGAUGAGCAAAUGGCUGGAAAACUCGGUCAACUUUGCUGGAUACGACGAAAUUAAGCAAAACAUUAUCGCGUUGGCAACCUUGUACAACCUGGAAGACCUUCGACUGGCCCAAGUGCAGGUCAAGGGAGACCUCAUUGUGCAGGAUACUGGACGGAUCAAGACUCGAUCUCAGGCUCGCAGCAACCCGGACCGCUACACAACCGUGACAGCACCAUUGAAGAUUGUCAAGGUCCUCGUGGAAGAGUUGGCAGCUGCAUCAGGCAACAAGGAAAUCGAUGCAGCUACAGCGGCAGCGUUGGAUGAAGAAGGUAGUGACGAUGGCGACGAGUGGGAGGAUGUGCCGGACAACACUCUUGAUCUCAGCCUUGGCGUGACCAAGCAAGAGCUGAUGGCGUUCGGCGAGGGCGGCACUGAAGGGGUGUUUGGCGUGCGCAAGCGGGAUGAUGAGACCCAAGCGUUUUUGUUAGACUUCUUCCGAAAUGCGUCUACAAAGACCGAGUUCCAGCAGGUAUUUGCGGGGUUGACGCCGGACGAGCAAGAGAAGCUGCAGGCUUUGGGUUAA